GUUUCAAACUACCAACAGUACUGGCUCGCCAGAGUUCAGUGCGGUGCAAACUAGCAUGCGUUGUGAAUGAGCCCUACAUUUGCGAGAAGUAGCUAGCUAGCUGGCUAACUUACAUGAAAUGGUAGCUAGCUAGCUAGCCAAGCAAAGAUGCAGCAUAGUAGACCAGUGACUUGAUGGACUUGUUGGUGACAGACUUAAACUAUAUCAUAAUGAAUGUAUAGGACUUCGCUCCCUUGUUUUCGCUUUCUCUGAGUUGUAUUUUGGAAGUUGACUCAUACAAGACCCCAUCUGAGACAGCGUGCACCCAAAAUCUUGGAAGAGUUUAAUUGUCGGAGUCGAAGAAUUGGAUGUUGCUGACCGGAACGCCAGAUGCGUACUUGUGCAGUCGUGGACCGAACGAAGCUUUUGGGACUGGUCCUCUUCGGAGCUAGACGAAAGUGUCACCUGCGUACCGUGUUCUAGUACGCCGCUGCAGACUGCAGCUUGCGAGCUAGCAAGCUAGCAACAGAAAAUAGGAAUGCCAUUCUGCGAUACAGACAACUGCGUUGUUGGCUUCGUCAUUACAUUAGCUUGCUAAUACAGGAAAAAAACGUCAGAAGAGAGUGAACUCAAGUUAUCCGAGUAACAUCUAGCCUCUGCAUGUAGCUAGCUUGCUAGCUCUCUGGCUCUAACUCAGCAUGAUAAUAAAGAUUUCAAUUACUUAGCCUGCUAGCCUGCUAGCUAACCAUGGUUGCUACCACGAAAGAAAUAAUGAGCGUGGGUUUAGCUGGUUAAUUGGCUAGACGGCGCUUUUCUAUUUGUGAUUCACUAUAACGGUAUGCAUUUAUCUAGUUAGUAUAAUCGAGAUAUCGGGCGGUUUGUGUCUCUUUUCGACAAGUUGUGUUCUGGCAUUUGGAAUGGUUUUCAAUCUCUUCAGAACACACCUGGGAACUACGGACAGUGCAUUUUAACGCUAACGUUAGCCACUGCAACCCUGAGGCUGUACUGUUGAAGAAUCUGCGCAGUUUUUUACAUCAGCGAUUUUAAGGGAAUCAAUCCAAGCCAUUAACGGGUUCGCUUGCAAGCAUUUUUGCUGAAUUUUACAACGAUGUCAUCCAAAGAUAAUCCUUGUCGGAAGUUUCAAGCCAACAUUUUUAACAAAAGCAAAUGCCAGAAUUGUUUCAAACCCAGGGAGUCGCAUUUGUUGAACGACGAGGAUUUAAACAAGGCAAAACCUAUAUAUGGAGGUUGGUUGCUGCUGGCGCCGGAGGGGACAAACUUUGACAAUCCUCUACACAGAUCUCGGAAGUGGCAGAGGAGGUUCUUCAUUCUCUACGAGCAUGGAUUGUUACGCUACGCCCUGGACGAGAUGCCCAGCACCCUGCCCCAGGGCACCAUCAACAUGAACCAGUGCUCCGACGUGAUCGACGGAGAGGCCCGGACAGGCCAGAAGAACUCCCUCUGCAUCCUGACGCCCGACAAGGAGCACUUCAUCCGCGCCGAGAACAAAGAGAUCAUCAACGGGUGGCAGGAGACCCUGGUGGUAUACCCUAGAACCAACAAGCAGAACCAGAAGAAGAAGAGGAAGGUGGAACCACCAACUCCUCAGGAGCCGGGGCCGGCCAAGGUGACGGUGACCAGCAGCAGCAGCGGGGGGAGCAUCCCGUGCCUCCCCAGCAGCAUCGCCUCGGCCGAGAAGGUCCCGGCCAGCCGCUCGUCCCUGUGGCAGGAGGACAGGCGGGGCCGGGCGUCCAUCCCCUGCAGCCGCAGUGCGUCCUGCCUCAGCCAGCUGGGCCAGAGCUACCCGCCCCCCAGCACCUCCACAGAGGAUCGGAGCUCAGUGAAUGGAGGGCGUAAGGCCCGUGUGGAAAGCGGGUACUUCUCCCUGGAGAAAGCCAAGCCGGAGCCCCAGCCCCCGCAGCAGCUGUCCCUCUCCUCUCCCAGCGGCCCCGGGGGACCCCACAGGUACAGCUCCUCCGACACGGAUCCCCUCACGUCCCCGUACUGCCCGUCCCCGGACCGCAGCGGCUGCGGGGACCCCUUCUCUCCCCCAGGGCCCCUCUUCUCCAACGGCUCCUCCACCAUCAGCUCCUCCCAGAGCUCCCUGGACUCGGAGGCCAGCAGCACCACCACGCCCACCAGCGCCGCCAGCUGGGAUGGGCGCGGCGGGGGCGGGGCGGAGUGGGCGGGGGGAGCAGGGCGGAGCGCCAGGGAUUACACCUCCCUGGCGGACCUGCCCAGGGCCAGGAGGCUGAGUCACCGCGAGGCCUUCCGCUCGGACAAGAAGCGGCAGGAGCUGCGUGCUCGCACACGCAGCCCCGGCAGGGAGGAGGUGGCCCGGCUCUUUGGACAGGAGCGCAGGCGGUCCCAGGUGAUCGACAAGUUUGAGUCGCCGGAGGGUGACAGCGUGGAGCACAUGGAGACCAGCUCUUCCUCAGAGCCGCCCUCCUCUUCCUCCACCAGCGCCGCUGCCCAGCGACAGGGCCGCAGCGAGAGACGCCACCUCCCCAGCAAACAGGACUGCUCUUUAGAUGCUGGGAAGGAGCGCGCCAUGCCCGACGUCUCCAGCUCGUCCAUCUCCAGCUACCGCCGCGCCAAGUCCCUGGACCGCCGCGCCACGGAGUCCUCCAUGACGCCUGACCUGCUGAAUUUUAAGAAAGGAUGGAUGACGAAGCUGUACGAAGAGGGGCUGUGGAAGAAGCACUGGUUUGUGCUGACCGACCAGAGUCUGAGAUACUACAGGGACUCCAUUGCAGAAGAGGCUGCUGAUCUGGAUGGCGAGAUCGACCUGUCAACUUGUUGUGAUGUCACCGAGUUCCCUGUGCAGAGGAAUUACGGCUUCCAGAUCCACACGAAAGAAGGGGCGUUCACACUCUCCGCCAUGACCUCUGGGAUCCGGCGCAACUGGAUCCAGGCCAUCAUGAAGAACGUGCGGCCCACGAUCGCCCCCGAUGUCACCCGGAAAAACAUCUCCCUGAAACUGUCGGUUCUGAAACCCAGCUCCCUCCCGGAUGAGCGGGCGAAGGGCCGGACGGCGGUGGAGAUCAGCCCCCCGCCGCCCGCCGAGCCGCGCCAGUCCCCGGAGGCGCCCGCCGCGCCGGGCGAGACGCAGGCGGGGGACAGCAGCGGCUCGGAGCAGCGCAGGAGCCGCAUCCGCGAGCGCCGGCGGGAGGGCCGCUGCAAGACCUUCGACUGGGCCGACUUCCGCAAAGGGCAGGAGGAGCCCGACGGGCGGCCCGAGAGAGGCUCCGCCUCCUCCGUCGCCACUUCUCCCUCCUCCACCCCGCCCGCGUCGUCCACCUCCUCCCCUUCCUCGUCCUCGGGCGGGCCCCUCCGGGAGCCCCCGGCGACGGCGGAGGAGGAGCUGGAGCAGGAGCGGGCGCGGCGUCGCGAGGAGAGGAGGCGCCGCUUCCAGACCACGCCCACGGCUGCGCCGGGCAGGACGGCGAACUCGGAGAGCGAGGCGAGGACCCCAGAGGACCAGGACCAGGGGAGGAUGGAGGUGGACGGCCAUCCGUGCGGAGACGGAGGCGGGGAGAGGGGCAAGCCGCCCGACGUGCAGGUGGAGAUUGAGCAGCGAUGGCACCAGGUGGAGACCACGCCCCUCCGUGAGGAGAAGCAGGUUCCCAUCGCCACCAUUCACUCCUCUGACCCCACAGCUGAGAGGCCGCCCGCUCAAGAGCUAGCAGCCCUGCUGGACAAAGAGCUGGAGCAGACGCAGAAGGAGCUGGCCAAACUGCAGGAGCAGAACAGCCUCCUGCAGGCACAGCUGCAGGAUGCUCGGGGAAGGGAACAGAGCGCACGGGAGGGCUAUGUACUACAGCGCGAAUCUCCCUCUUCAUCACCGCCUUCGGGCACAUGGCAGCGGCUGCAUAAACUCAACCAGGACCUUCAGAAUGAGCUGGAAGCCCAGCGGCGCAAGCAGGAACUCACCAACCAGCAGGUGCAGGCCCUGAAGAGGAACUACAGCGAGGCCAAGGAUGUGAUACGGCACCACGAGUCAGAGAUCCAGGCCCUACAGACCAAACUGAACAACGCGAUGGCCGAGAUCCUCAUUAGCGAGCAGGCGGUGGCCAAGAUGCGCAGCGAGCUGAAACUGGAGCAGGAGCGCUUCCGGGACCGCAAGGAAGAGUGGGAGCAGGACGAACAGGCCCUUCGUGCCCAGCUCAAGGACAGUGAGGACCGGCUUAAGGAUGUGGAGGCCCACCUCCUGGAAAAGAGCCAGGCCCUGAGGGACCUGGAGCGGCAGCAGGCCCUGCAACGAGAUCACCUGAAGGAGGUGCAAAAGCUCCAGGAGAGACUAACAGAAGUCACUGGCAGGCUGAUAGCCACAGAGGAGGCCCAGGCUCUGAAGGAGGAGCGCCUGCAGAAGAACCUGUAUGUCCUACAGGAGAGUCAGGAGAAAGAGAGGCAGAGUCUAUUGAAGCGCCUGGCAGAGGCAGAGGGGAAAGGGCAGGAAAUGGAAGAGCGGCUACAGGAAGCAGAGCAGCAGGUUGAGGCACUGCUCAGAGAGAAGCGCACCACUGGGUUGGUGAGCCGGGAGGUAGUGCACCAGAUGGAGCAGCAACUGGCUAUCAAGGCAGAUGCCAUUGAGAAACUCAGAGAAUCUGUCCACCAGCUUCAGGAAGAGAAGAGCCAGCUGACCUGCCGCUGUCAGGAACUGCUCAACCAGAUUUCUGAAGCGGACAACGAGGUGACUAAGCUCCAGACACAGCUCAAGACCGAGGAAACCGACUACUACAGCCUAGAGACCUCUUAUGAGAAGGUGUCCGAGGAGUUCCAGAGGAUAGGCAGAGUUCUGCAGGAGAAAGAAGAGGAGAUCCGUGCAGCUAAGGAGAUGUACGAAAGGCUAGUGGAACGGAAGGAGCAAGACCUCAAUGAGGCAAUGAUCAAGAUGGCUGCAUUGGGAAGCAGCCUGGAAGAGACUGAGCUUAAGUUGCAGGCAAAAGAGGAGCUGAUCUGCAAGAUGGGUCAGGGGUAUAUGGAACCGUGUAGUACAGAGAGGGACUUGCAAGCUAAAUUAGUUGUGGCAGAGGAUCGUAUCAAUGAACUGGAGCAACACCUCAAUAAGCUGCAGCUUGGCUACUCUGAUCUCCAUAUGGAGCACUGCAAAUUGCAGGAGGACUGUGAUGUUUUGCAGUGCAUUAGCAGAGCUGAAGGGUCCUCACUGACAGCAGUGGAAGGGUCGGACUCUACCGAUGAGGUCAGGCCAAAACUGAGCACCAGCGCUGAUGGCGGAGGGUCGCUUGUGAAGCGGCAGAGGAUACGGUUCUCAAGCAUACAUUGCCAAAAAUAUGUUCCAUUGGAAGGGGCGGAGAAGUUAUGGGCUAGCGGCACCGCCACCGAUAUCUGCCAAGACCGCUCCCUCUCUGAGGAGAGUGGCUCCUCUGACACACCAUAUCAGUACAUAACCUCCGCCAGCAGUGAUCCAGAGAAGUUCAUCUCCAUCAUCCAUGCUCUAGAAACCAAACUGUGCACCACAGAAGAGAAGCUCAGAGACAUCACUCAAAAACUGGAGGAGCAGCAACGGCAGCAGCUGGAGUGCCUUAGGGAGCAGCGUGGUCAGUGGGCUGAGACAGAGGCUGUGCUCCGGGACCAGCUCAACGAGAGCCUGUCUAAAGUAGACCAGCUCACUGCACAGCUCCAGCAGGAGAUGGACAAUAGGUGCCAUUUUUCACAGGAAAUGGACUGCAGCAUCAGGGCAGUUAAUGCCAAAUAUGAGAGGGCCCUGGCUUGUGUAGAGUCGAGUAAGGAGAAGGUUCAGUCCAUCUUGAGGAGUCACAAAGAGGAUGGCACGGAAACACAGCUAAAUACAUUGUCAGAGAUAGAGACAGAGUUGUUCAAUGCCACUGUAUUUAUAAGACAGGGUACGAGCACUUUGGAAGAACAACCGCAUGAGAUGCAUGGUAGUCCGAACCAAGAAAUAAAGGAAAACAAGGUUUCAGAUGAGGAGAAAGUAAAACUUUUUGCCAAAACAUUAGCCUUUGAGGCACUCAUUUUAAAUAAGAUGGCAUUCUCAAUUCAAAAUCCAAGCUUAGACCUUUUGCACGGCCUUAGUGAAAUCCAUGAAGAGGCAGAGAAACUAAAACAGACUGAUGAAUGCUAUGUAGCCAUUGUUUAUGCAGAUGUCUUAACGAGGAAGCUGAUGGUAGAAAGUGAAUUUUGGGCAGAGGUAGAGAAGCUUGAGGCACAGUAUAAAGUAAGGGAGAGUGAAAAGCAGGGGGAUAUAGAUUCAGUAGAGGGCAAUAUUGUUGGGGAGAUGGACAUCCCUUUUUUCAGUAAUGCCUGUAUCAAAGCUGAACUGGCAUUUGCUGUUCAGAAUCUUAAGCACUUUUAUGAGGAAAAGCUCCAGAAACUCAAAGGAGAUUUAUUGGAGGCCCACAGAAACCUGGAACACAGAGAACUUGCAUUGAAAGAGAUUGUGAAAUCCUCAAAGAAGCCAGGUUUUGACAGAGUCAUUCAAGAGGUCAGCAGUGAGUUUGGCUUCAGUCAGGGGACGACUUUAUCUGAUAUAAGUCCUCCAGAGCUCGCCCCCUAUGUAGAACAGGUCAGGAUGGAGGAGGCCCAUGACUUAGCGGAGGAGAUAGUCAGUAGGCAUCUUCAGGGAAGUGUACCUUCCUGUAGCAUUGAAUCUGUUGAGUCAACGCAUGUGGGGCGCGAGAGACUAAUCACUGAGUUAAGGAUGCAGGCUGAGGUCCUCCAGCGUCUCUCUCAGGAGGUUGAGGGGGCCUGCAAUGCAGGAAGUGGCAGUCUUCAUAGCACACUACUCAAAAUUUCCCAAGCAAACCCAAGUUACGAAAAUGGCAGUGAAAUAACCAGCACCUCUCUGUGCAUGCGAGAAGCAAUGAUCCAGGCCCAGAUUGCCUAUAUAGCCUGCAAGCUGAGAGUUGACCAUGAGAGAGACCUGAAAAAGUGCAAGGAGGCAUGCCAAAGCAUGAAUGUCCUGUGCCAGGAGCACGCCCAGAAUGUGGGCGCCAUUCGUGAGCGGUACGAGGCCUCCAUGCUGGAUGAGCGGCAUAGCUUCACCCAGACUGUGUCCUGUCUCCAGGAUGAAAAUGAGGCUCUGAAGGGAGAGGUGUCCAUCCGCAUUGCUGAGCUCUCCCAGCAGCAGGAGCGGAUGGUGCAGCUGGAGGAGCGCUUUCAGGCAGAGAUGGAGGAACUGAAGGCCAGGUAUGAGCUGGAGCUAAGCCAGGCUGAACAGAGGGGGGCCACCACCGAGCUGGCACUGAUGGAGAAGACCGCGGACAGCCAGCACAAGCUAGACAUUAUCCUCAUGGACAUCGAGCGGAUGGAGGAUCGGCAUGAAGAGCAUGUGCAGAAGCUGGAGGACAGGUUCCAGGGAAAGAUCCAGGAGCUGCAGCGGAUUCACGAGGAGGAAAUGCAGCGCCUUCACGACCACUACAUGCAGACCAUCCGCUCCAUGCAGGACACGCUGGAGCGGGUCAAGGCUAGGCACCCCAGUGACUCUUUCCUCUCAGAGGAGGCAGUAUCGCCCACAGACCAGGCGCUGCCCAUGGAGGAGGAGCCAGCUGGGGCCGAGUGGGGCUCCAUGGUGGUGCUGAGGGAGAGGAUCCAGGAACUGGAGACACAGAUGAACACUAUGAAGGAUGAGCUAGAGAACAAACACCUUGGGGGAGAUGUGUCCAGCCUGAAGGAGAAAUACCAGAAAGACUUUGAGAGCUUGAAGGCCACCUGUGAGCGGGGCUUUGCUGCCAUGGAGGAGACCCACCAGAAGGUGAUCGAGGACAUCCAGCGGCAGCACCAGAGGGAGGUGUCCAAACUGCUGGAGGAGCGCGAGAGACUACUGGCCGAGGAGACGGCUGCUACCAUUGCUGCUAUUGAAGCCAUGAAGAACGCCCACCGGGAGGAGCUGGAGAAGACCCAGCGCUCCCAGCUGAGCGGCAUGAGCUCCGACAUCGAGGAGCUGCACAGGCAAUACGAGGAGGAGCUCCAGUCCAUCCACCGCGAGCUGGAGGUGCUGUCGGAGCAGUACUCCCAGAAGUGCCUGGAGAACGCGCACCUGGCCCAGGCGCUGGAGGCUGAGAGGCAGGCUUUGAGGCAGUGCCAGCGGGAGAACCAGGAGCUGAAUGCCCACAACCAGGAACUGAACAACCGCCUGACAGUGGAGAUCACGCGUAUGCGCUCCUGUUUCAGUGGGGAGGUGGCAGGGUCACCCCUUACACAGGGCAAGGACCUGUACGAACUGGAGGUCUUAUUGCGGGUCAAGGAAUCAGAAAUCCAGUAUCUGAAACAGGAGAUCCACUCUCUGAAAGAUGAACUCCAGUCUGCACUGCGGGACAAGAAGUACGCUACAGACAAAUACAAGGACAUCUACACAGAGCUGAGCAUUGUGAAGGCCAAGGCCGACUGUGACAUCACUAAGCUGAAGGAGCAGCUGAUGGUGGCCACAGAGGCCCUGGGGGAGAGGAGCUCAGACAGCAGCACCGCUGUCCAGGGAUACGAUAUCAUGAAAUCGAAAAGCAAUCCUGAUUUUCUAAAGAAAGAGCGGUCGUCUUUGUCCAGGCAGAUCAGAGGUGUGCGAUCGAAGUCUGUCAUUGAACAGGUCUCAUGGGACAGCUGACUUCUCCCCUGAGGGGAGCGAGUCUCUCUGUGAUGUAGAGCCUGAAGGAGGGUUUGACCGUGCAGGAGCGCAUGAAGUUGUUUGAAGCGAAAGAUUCCAAGAAGAUCUGAGACCCUCCAGAUUGGCACACUCCUCCAGCCCUCCUCUUUCCACUCUUCUGACCUACUGUACUGGCCCCCUUGCACCAGCCCAGGCCAUCAUUUCACAGUCAUGCAUAUAUUUAUAUUACAAAAAUUCUAAUUAUGUAUAUAUAUAUAUCACUUAAAGGAAAUGUUGAAGUGACUGAAAUGAAUGACGUGCAGGUAUGAGGCAUUGGCAGUUUAUCUGAGCUCGUGGAGUGGAAGUCUUUCUUGGAUUUUGUUCCUCUUGCCCUGGACACUGCUCUUCCCGCUCUUAAUCUAACACUUUGCCUUUUAAUCCUUUGCUUUUUUCUAUUCCAUUGAGGAUGUUAAAGUGAUACUGGUGGUUUUGGUGAUAUUCUAGCUCCAUUUCCUCUGAGCAGUGCGGAGACCAGAUGCCAAAAUGUAUGUGAUCUAUUGCUGUCUGUGCUGAGAUGGGAGUGAAGUCUGUUGCUUUCCAUUUUUGAUAUAUUUAUUAUAUUUAUACCACUUUUCUUUCAAACUGAAGUGUGUAUGGAGGAAAUUAGUUGGGUAUUUUGUCAGGGUAAAUGAAAAAAGUGGUGUGUUAAUUGCAGAUAAGUUCCUGGCAAUGCUUACAUUUAGGUCUUUUUUGUGUUUGUUCAAACAAAGAUCACAGGGGAACUAUGGGAACGAUGUAUGGAGAUCUGUGAAGCCAAUAAUGCUUUCACAUUGACAUAUGUAUGUGGCAUGAUACAUAAUGAAGAUUUGACACAUUUGGAAGUAAAUGUUUUCUACAAGUAUGAUAUCCAACAUUUAGAUAACGUUUUCUUCACGAAAACUGCCAAUUUGCAUGAGCAAACCUGACAAAAUCUGUUGUGGCUUUCGCAUUGACUCCUGUCCUGGUGAAACCUUCCUGGUCAUGUUUCUAAGUGGUCAUACUGUGAAAACGGCACAAUGAAACUAACCCAAGAUUUGGUACUAGUUUGAGCGUUCUGCUAUUCCUCCUCAAAAUUCUUCCCAUUGUAAAGAAAUAUGGGGGCUAAUUAUGGGGUAAUUUUUCAUGUAUUUUUGAUUCUUGAAUUUUUAUAUCCAUCUGACUUGUUCCAUUACAAUUUGAGGUCCUUUGAUAUAGCUGUCACCAUAUUAUGUCACACAAUAUUACAACUUACUUCUUUGAGAAGAACCAGAGCAGCCAAUGUUACACUGAAGUGAAGCCUAUUAAAUAACAUUUAUGCAUACAAUUGAUGUGCUCUUAAAAUUCCUGGGAGUUUAAAUACCACUUGUCAACAAAGGAAAUGGUUCUUUUGUUUCAUUUACUUGGUGCAUGGCAAUCAUGAAAUGUUUAGGAAGACAUUUAAUGUGCCUCUUUUUUGCCUUUUCAGUAUUUGUAUAUCCACUGAGAUGCCAAAACAAUCCACUUUAGGUAUUUAACCAUUCACCCAAGGAAAAUCCUUUACGUUUUUUAAACUGAGGUGUAACAAGGAUUAUUCUAAAAGUGGUGACUGUAUGUAGCCUGACAAAUUAAUAUUGUGAAUGGCUCUAAGGGAAGAAUGUAGUUACCAAUGAUUGUGGUGUUUCUUUUUUUAUUAACACUGGUGAUAUGUAUAGUCAUUGUUAAUCAGAAAUGAGCAAUGUUUGACUAAUGAAUAAAUCAAUGGCGUAUUAUUGCAUUUUAUUACUUGGGAAGGGGGCAGGGAUCCACACAGGUGUGCGUCUCUUUUGUACAGUGGCUCAAAUAAAACUGAGGGUACCAGUGCAACCAAACUGUAACACCUUAAAAUGUCAAUCAACAAAACUGCUACUGUUUUGUCUGGUCAGACAGCGGGGAAAAAAAAAAAACGUGUUCAGUAGUGCCGUUGAUCCUUCGCUGGGUUUUUUCAGUUUUUCUCCAAAAUGUUUGGCCUGUUUUCUUUGUUUAUUAAUAGAACUUGAUAUGGUUGAGUAUUAACUUGCUGACAUGCUUUUUGGUAUAUUUUUGUCCAUUUUCAGCUGUAGUAGCAAUGACUAUGCUUGUAACACAAGCCACAGAAGCUUAGUCUUUCCUGGAGUGUCCCCUCGUGCUGUCAGUUGGAAUGAGCUUUGAGGUGCAGUGUCUUACCUGGCAGAGUUGUCUUAAGGCACCUCGUCCAGUCCAUACCCCCUUUUCACUUGAGUCCUCUGCAUCCGUGCUUAUAAGAUGUUUAUUUUGUCUUUCUUCCUAAUUUAAGAGAAAAAGCAUACAAAAAUUAAAACCACAAUGAAAACACACUGUAUAGUAUUCAAAGCACGCCAUGUAAAUAUUUGGUACACAGAAUUUAGUUUUUGUGAUUUUAUGUGUUUUAAAUCUGUAUCCUGCUUACUAGCAUAUAUAUAAAAAUAUAUAAAUAUUUUUUAUUUUGGUUUGAAUGUAAAACAUGUUGUCAUAAAUAAAUGAAGCAUUUCUGGACCCUG